AUGUGCCUUUUCUCUUUCAAUUUUCGAUUUUCACUUUUUCAUGUGCUAUCUGUUAUUGCAGCCUUCUUAACAUACACCGGUUUUCUUUUUCUGCCAAUUAAAAUGGAUUUUUCUUCUUUUUCUGUUCGUCCCAAGUUUUCUACUUAUCGUCCUAUAUCCACUUUUAUACCAGUCGUCGUCUUCUUUCCCAGUCAUAAUCUUUUUCAUCAGCAACUGUCUAAAUCUUGUCAUAGUCUCCGUUUUCUGUCCCGAUCUCGGCCCAGUUUUCAUCUUCUGUCCGAGUUUACACUAGUCCUCAUCGCCUGUCUUCAGUUUUUCCUCGUCUUCAUCUUCUCCCCCGAUCUUGCUCCAAACUUCAUCUUCUGUCCUAAGUUUGUUCCAGUCUUCUUCAUCUGCUUCGAGCUUGCUCUUGUCUUCAUCUGUUCCGAGCAUACCCCAGACAUCAUCUCUCUCGAGCUUAACCCAGCCUUCUUCUCUCUCGAGAUUAGCCCAGUCUUCAUCUUCUCUCUCGAGCUUAACCCAGUCUUCAUCUUCUCUCUCGAGCUUAACCCAGACUACAUCUUCUCUCUCGAGCUUAACCCAGUCUUCAUCUUCUCUCUCGAGCUUAACCCAGUCUUCAUCUUCUCUCUCGAGCUUAACCCAGUCUUCAUCUUCUCUCUCGAGCUUAACCCAGUUUUCAUCUUCUCUCUCGAGCUUAACCCAGACUACAUCUUCUCUCUCGAGCUUAACCCAGACUACAUCUUCUCUCUCGAGCUUAACCCACUUAACCCAGACUACAUCUUCUCUCUCGAGCUUAACCCAGACUACAUCUUCUCUCUCGAGUUUAACCCAGACUACAUCUUCUCUCUCGAGCUUAAGCCAGUCUUUAUCUUCUCUCUCGAGCUUAAGCCAGUCUUCAUCUUCUCUCUCGAGCUUAACCCAGACUACAUCUUCUCUCUCGAGCAUAACCCAGACUACAUCUUCUCUCUCGAGCUUAACCCAAACUACAUCUUCUCUCUCGAGCUUAACCCAGUCUUCAUCUUCUCUCUCGAGCUUAAACCUGUCUUCAUCUUCUCUCUCGAACUUAACCCAGUCUUCAUCUUCUCUCUCGAACUUAACCCAGACUACAUCUUCUCUCUCGAGCUUAACCCAGUCUUCAUCUUCUCUCUCGAGCUUAACCCAGUCUUCAUCUUCUCUCUCGAGCUUAACCCAGUCUUCAUCUUCUCUCUGGAGCUUAACCCAGUCUUCAUCUUCUCUCUGGAGCUUAACCCAGACUACAUCUUCUCUCUGGAGCUUAACCCAGACUACAUCUUCUCUCUGGAGCUUAACCGAGUCUUCAUCUUCUCUCUGGAGCUUAACCGAGUCUUCAUCUUCUCUCUGGAGCUUAACCCAGACUACAUCUUCUCUCUGGAGCUUAACCCAGACUACAUCUUCUCUCUGGAGCUUAACCCAGACUACAUCUUCUCUCUGGAGCUUAACCCAGACUACAUCUUCUCUCUCGAGUUUAACCCAGUCUUCAUCUUCUCUCGACUUAACCCAGACUACAUCUUCUCUCUGGAGCUUAACCCAGACUACAUCUUCUCUCUGGAGCUUAACCCAGACUACAUCUUCUCUCUGGAGUUUAACUCAGACUACAUCUUCCCUCUCGAGCUUAACCGAGUCUUCAUCUUCUCUCUCGAGCUUAACCUAGUCUUCAUCUUCUCUCUGGAGCUUAACCCAGACUACAUCUUCUCUCUGGAGCUUAACCCAGACUACAUCUUCUCUCUGGAGCUUAACCGAGUCUUCAUCUUCUCUCUCGAGCUUAACCGAGUCUUCAUCUUCUCUCUCGAGCUUAACCUAGUCUUCAUCUUCUCUCUGGAGCUUAACGCUGUCUUCAUCUUCUCUCUGGAGCUUAACCCAGACUACAUCUUCUCUGUCGAGCUUAACCCAGUCUUCAUCAUCUCUCUCGAGCUAAACCCAACUACAUCUUCUCUCUCGAGAAGCAACCCAGACUACAUCUUCUCUCUCGAGCUUAACCCAGUCUUCAUCUUCUCUCUCGAGCUUAACCCAGUCUUCAUCUUCUCUCUCGAGCAUUCCACAGCCUCCAUCUUCUCUCUCUGUUUCUCUAGCAUGCCCGUCUUCAUAUUCCCUUUCGUGCAUACCCCAGUCUUUAUCUACUUUCUUGAGAAUUCCCAAAUAUUCAUCUUCUCUCUCGAACAUUUUUACAUGCCCUACCAAAUCAGUAUACGCUCAGUCUUUGUCAAUCACUUUCUCUCACGCUGUACAUAUCUUUGCGUCAUCCUCGGCUCCAGUCGCUUUCCCGACACCGUAGCGUAA